CACCCGAGGCCUGACUCCUCUGGGAAGAGCAUCAAGAAGGGGCACAGGUACAAGGUGGGCAGGCAUGCACUGCCUCCCCCUGCCCCUCCCCGCUCCACUUCCUUCAUCUGGCCCUGCUCUGCUGGGACUCUGGGACCUGCUGAACUCAGAGCUUUGUCCAGAGCCACCCAUGGGAGGCCCCACUGCACCCCUUACCUGCUCUGGGGCCCUAGUGAGGGAUUCACCCCCUGGCAUGCCUCCAGGACUGCAUUUGCAUUGUCAAGAUGAUUACCCUCCCUCCCUUGGGCCGCCCUGGUCCCCACUCAGAAAUGUGAGCAUUGGACCCCCCAGGGCCUCAGGAGGCCCUCUGACUGCAAGCAGGGAUCUGAACCAGCAGAGACUAGCUGCCUGGGGAGCCAUCUGUGUGUGAAGGUGUGAGCUCCAGAAUGGGACUUUCCACCCAGGCUUCCCGGAGGGUCAUAGCCAGCCUGCCUCUGUGGUUGGGCCAGGCAGAGGUGGGCAUGGAAGUAGGGCCCCGGGGGUGCCAGGGAGGACCCUAGGCCGUUCAGUAAAGGGCUUGCUUAGGGGGGUGUUUGAGGACACGGGCAGCUUGGAGGAGCAACCAGCCCCUGCCUCAAGCCAAGUGGGAAGAGUUUGUCUUGCUGAAUGGGGGGAAGCCCCCAGCACUGGCGUGAGGGUUCCACACAUGUCUGCCGUCUGCUGCUGUCGUGUCCCCAUCAGCCCUGUGCCUUGUUGGCUCUGCAUUGUAAGCAUGUCCCUGCCCAGCUCUGCGGAUGUCACUGUGGUCUCUCCAGGUGAGGUCUGCUCACCUGGUCCCUGUGCCAGCCUCAGUCCCAGGAGACCCCUUGGCCUGCACGUGGGAGUGAGCACAAGCCACCCUUCUGCCACCCUGGGGAGAGGCCUCUGGGCAGCUGCCAGCCCCACACCUCAUUCCAGCAGGCAUCCUGCACCCUAAUCCCAGGCCGGGCUGGAGGGUAGCUGAUCUUGCCAGCCCCUGGCCUCUAGUACCCCUCCCCAGAGUGGGCAUGCUCCAUACCCUGGCAUGUGGUGCCCCCAGCUGGCCCUCUGCCCUCUGCUGGCUCUGACUUCAGUGUCCUGGGGGGAUCUGGCGAUUGGGUCCUUCUGAGUCCUUCUGGGGGGAUCUGGCGAUUGGGUCCUGGCAUUUCUGGACAUCCAGGCCUUUAUGUGAAGAGUAGUGUGGACAGUAAUUGGUAUCAGCCCUUCAGGGUUCCAGGUCGCAGAGGUUUGCCAGGGCAGUGUGGGUAGGGCUGAUGCGAGGGUGCCCUGUGCCCUGUGUACAGGGUCUCCUGGCCGCAUCUCCACUGGUACCCUCUCCCACCUCUCCCUGCAGCCAGAGCAGCUGAGUUGCUUAUGAGCACUGCUGAGGGCUGUCUCCUGCCCCCUGUGCACCUGGCCUGCAGGCUGCUUCAAGGCCCAUGAACCCCAUGAACCCCAUGAAAUCGCGCGGUGAUGGUCUGUUCGCGUAUGAGGCGGUGCCUUGGCAGCAGAGUGCUACUCAGCCCGCAGGAUCGCUGUCCGUGGUCACGACCGUGUGGGGCGUGGGCAGCGCGGCACAGAGCCAGGUUUUGGGGAACCCCCUGGGCCCCACAGGGAGCCCCCCCGGAAGCUCCAUGAUGCCUGGCGUGGCAGGCGGCAGCCCCGCCCUCAGUUCUCCGCAGUGCCUUGGACAGCAGGCAUUUGGUGAGGGUGGCGCUGGCAAGAACUUCAUGCAGCAAGGGGUGUACAGCCGUGGGGGCUACCCCGGGGGCCCUGGCUUCACCACUGGGUAUGCAGGUGGCCCGGGGGUGCCAGGGGGUCUGGGCCUCCCCUCACAUGCCACACGGCCUUCCACGGACUUCACUCAGGCAGCAGCAGCUGCAGCUGUGGCUGCGGCUGCCGCCACGGCCACAGCCACAGCCACAGCAACGGUGGCCGCCCUGCAGGAGAAGCAGAGCCAGGAACUGAGCCAGUAUGGAGCGAUGGGGGCCGGGCAGGCUUUUAACAGCCAGUUCCUGCAGCACGGAAGUCCUCGGGGGUCCAGUCUCCCCAGCACCAUGAACCCUGCUGGCCUGGGAGGGCUGACAGGGCCCAUGGGCAUGAACCCCACCCGGGCUGCAGGCAUGGCAUCCCUGUACACAGGGCAGCGCCUGCCCCAGCAGGGGUACCCUGGGCCCCCUCAGGCCCAGCCGCUACCCCGACAGGGGGUCAAGAGAGUCUACUCCAGUGAGGUGUACCCAGGGCAGCAAUACCUUCCAGGAGGCCAGUACGUGCCCAACACCACCCAGUAUGCACCUGGCACAGGGCAGCCCCCCGGCCCCUCCUACCCUGGGCACAGGCUGCCCCUGCAGCAGGGCGUGGGCCCAGCCUUGCCUACCUCCGGUCCUGUGGGGCUGCACUACAAGCCCUCAGAGCAGUUCCAUGGGCAGGGUACCAACUUCAAUGGGACUGCCAGCUACAGCCAGCCUGGCCUGAGUGGGCCUGCCCGGUCCAUCCCUGGCUACACUAGCUCCCCAGUGCCGGGGAGCCCCACACCGCCCAUGACCCCCAGCGGCAGUAUCCCCUACAUGUCCAACAGCCAGGACGUCAAGUCUGCCUUCCUGCCCGAGUUCAAGCCCAGCACUGGCUCCUUGCACCCGGCGCCUCCUGGCAGCAGCCCCUGUGACGAGCUGCGGCUGACCUUCCCUGUGCGGGACGGGGUGGUCCUGGAGCCGUUCCGCCUGCAACACAAUCUUGCUGUUAGCAACCACGCUUUCCAGCUCCGUGAUUCUGUCUACAAGACCCUGAUGCUGAGGCCUGACCUGGAGCUGCAGUUCAAGUGCUACCACCACGAGGACCGGCAGAUGAACACCAACUGGCCCGCCUCGGUGCAGGUCAGCGUCAAUGCCACCCCACUCACCAUUGAGCGCGGCGACAACAAGACCUCCCACAAGCCGCUGUGCCUGAAGCAUGUGUGCCAGCCAGGCCGCAACACCAUCCAGAUCACCGUCACAGCCUGCUGCUGUUCCCACCUCUUCGUGCUGCAGCUGGUGCACCGGCCAGCUGUCCGCUCGGUGCUGCAGGGCCUCCUCAAGAAGCGUCUCCUGCCUGCUGAGCACUGUGUCACCAAGAUCAAGCGGAACUUCAGCAGUGGUACCAUUCCUGGCACCCCUGGGCCCAACGGAGAGGAUGGGGUAGAGCAGACAGCCAUCAAGGUGUCCCUGAAGUGCCCCAUCACCUUCCGCAGGAUCCAGCUGCCUGCCAGAGGCCAUGACUGUCGCCACAUACAGUGCUUUGACCUGGAGUCGUACCUACAGCUCAACUGUGAGCGGGGGACCUGGAGGUGCCCCGUGUGCAACAAGACGGCGUUGCUGGAAGGCCUGGAGGUGGACCAGUACAUGCUGGGCAUCCUCAUUUACAUUCAGAACUCCGACCAUGAGGAGAUCACUAUCGACCCCACGUGCAGCUGGAAACCGGUGCCCGUGAAGCCUGACGUGCCCAUCAAGGAAGAGCUGGAUGGGCCGGUGCUGAAGCACUGCCGCACUGUGAGCCCCACCCAUGUGCUUUUGCCCAGCGUGGUAGAGCUGGUGGCCGCCCUAGGCCCUGGCACCACUCCCGGCAACCAUGCCAGCCAUGGUUCCAGCUUCCCAGGACCUGGGGCCUUCCCGGACCCCUUCUCGCCUGCCACACCCAGCACCCCAACCCUCCCCGAGUUUACCCCAGGGCCACCCGUCACCUCCUACCAGUCCGACAUUCCCAGCAGCGUCCUGACAGCAGAGAAGUCAUCCCCCUGCCUUCCAGGCCAGAUGGGGCCAGCAGGUCACCUGGACCCAGCCCACAACCGUGGGCCCCCAGGGUUGAAUGCCGCCACCCUUGGAGGACCCCCUGGGCGCCCACUGCAUCCAAACCCUCCCCCCGCAUCCCGGCAGCCCCUGGGCCCAGUGAGUGCAGCUCCUGUUGGCGAGCUGACCUUUGGUGCUACCACAGGCGUGAUGGGGCUCCCCGUGUCUGGGGCAGGGGAGGCCCCAGAACCGGCCCUGGAUGCUCACACCCACCCUCCACCCUGUUCCUGUCUCAGUGGAAGUGAAGGAUCAGUCCCAGUGUUCUCAAAGCUGCCUCUCCCCUGUACCCCUGGGGCCACGCCAGGCUGGGGAGGAGCUGCUGCGUCUGCAGGCCCUGCCCUCUGUGUGCCCAUCUCUAUUAAAGGACUCCCUCUUGGUGCGUCUGGUGAGUCCUCUGUGCCCCGCCUGCGCCCCCACUUGGGUGGGACUCUGUUUCAAGUUAAGACCCAGCUGCUGCUGCCCUGUGGUAAAUUUCCUUGUCCCUGGAAUUCUCCAAGUUGGCUUCAGCUGGAGAGCUAUUUAUGAAAUGUUGCCAAGGCC